GUCAGCAAAUCAAAACGAGCGAACAGAAGUCUAAUUUGCAUACGCAAUCGAUAAAUAUAAAGGGCGAAGGGGGCAGUGGUCCCGCAUUGCGCGACUGCAAAGAAAUUACUCACAGCAGAGCGUGAACAAACCACCGAGACUCAAGAAUAUGCCAGAACUAGCGAAGUCUGCGCCCGCACCGAAAAAGGGGUCCAAAAAGGCAGCCACGAAAACCCAGAAGAAAGGGGAUAAGAGACGCAGAAAGACCAGGAAGGAGAGCUACGCCAUUUACGUGUACAAAGUGCUGAAGCAGGUCCACCCCGACACCGGCAUCUCUUCCAAGGCGAUGGGCAUCAUGAACUCUUUCGUGAACGAUAUUUUCGAGCGCAUCGCCGGCGAGGCGUCCCGCCUGGCUCACUACAACAAGCGCUCCACCGUCACCUCCCGGGAGAUCCAGACAGCCGUGCGCCUCCUGCUGCCCGGAGAGCUGGCCAAGCACGCUGUGUCCGAGGGCACCAAAGCCGUCACCAAAUACACCAGCUCCAAGUGAAAACCGGGAACCGCCGACGAACUGUAUGAACUUAGAAAAGCCUCUUCUAUAGGCGCCCAUUGCUUCAUAUGGAGUAGAAAAUCCAUACACUGCAUACGUUUUGUUUUGCUCUGUCAAGAAACCUGUUCUACAGCUGUUGUAGCGAAAUGAAUUACCUCAUAAAGAUAAAUAUUUCAAACGUC